AUGCUGUCUAUCGUAUAGCCAAAGAACAGCACUCUGAACCUCUGCCCUGGGACUUCCUGAUCCUCCUCUCUUAUAAAUACGAGGGCAGAGCUGGGAUCCCACAGAGUCAGAGAGCCGAAAGCCAGGAGUCCUCAGACCGGCUCUGCCUGCUACUGGGAAGAUGAAGUUCUUCGUGGCUGCCCUCCCCUUCCUCAUUCUUGCUACCGCCCUUGGAUCCCGGGUCCACGUCCUUCAUGAACCCAUGGUGGCGAAACUUCAGCAUGAACCCUUAAUACAGAUGGAAGGUAAAGCAGGCUUUCACCGUCCCACUGACUGCUGCCCCGACUACAAACGAAAAAUUCGAUGUGCAAACAUGAAAGAUUUUUUUGAAACAAGCAGUGGGUGCUCCCGGCCAGGUGUCAUCUUCCUCACCAAGAAGGAGAGGCUUGUCUGUGCUGACCCCCUUGAUUUGGAAGUUCAGAAUUGCAUGAGGUCCCUGAGGAAGAACCUAACAAUGCAGAUGUGAGAAAGAGGAGGCUUGCUUGAGAAGAAGGAAUACCAGGGGCCACUCACCCCACCUCCACUUGGUUUGUCCCAACUCCCUCCUGGGAUUUUCUUGGCCUGAAUUAUUUUUCGAAAAGUAACAACUACUGUUCUUUCUGUUCUGGUCAUAAAAGCAAUGCAUUAAUAAAGAGUAUCUGAUGUAAC